AUGCCACCAAAUUGGGACGCAAGUUUUUCUCUGCGGGUGGCAGACAAUAGGGCAACAAUUCCGCAGCCAGAGUACCUGCGCAAUGUAGCGCUCACGACCAAUACGCAUACUGUGAUUUGUCGCGCUUGGGGCGCAAACCCAAAGGCUGCGAUCUCGAUUCGGGCCGAACCUCGAUCUCUGCAGAUGCAAUACGAACGCCAGAGCGCGUGCGGAGCCCGAAUCCGGCAGCAACAAGAGGGCUGGUCUGUUUUCGGCACUGCUGCUGCGCUAUCGCCCAGGCUCCAAAAAUGGCACACGCCAACCCUGCCGAUGCGGCCACUUGUGCAUAGACGACCACACUACGAGCACCUCACGCGAGCAAACAUCCAAGCGAGCACGCGAUAA